AAAGGGUGGAUCAGAGAUUUUUGUAGGUCUUCUUCUCCGAAAAUUACGGACGAUUGCGUUGCAUCCCGGCCAACAGAUAAUGGUUAUCAUUAAUCAGCUUGUAUCAUGAAGAGUGCCACAAUAGUACGAAAGACGUUCGCCUUAGCCGAACUGUGAUUCGGAUGUAGCUUGUUAAGAACCCUAGAAUCUGGUCGGAUUGACUACGUCACCACAAAAACGUAUAAACGAACCUGCCGUUCCUGCUGUUCUUCCACCCUCAGAGCAUUGAUAAGAAACGCCAGAAUUUGUGGUGCGAGAUAAAGUGUUCUUGCUUGGUUCGUCGUGGAAGCGAGCUUAAUUGGACCAACUAACCAACUGCCAAGCAUCGCCGCGUUAGAAUGGAUGAUAUCGAUAACAUUAUUCUGCACUCGUUGCGCCAGAUUGAUAGUGAUUUGGAUGAAGAUAUCCAAGGAUUGGACCAGUUGACGCCCUCCGUUCUGGUGCGAGCCGUUUCGAAAUGUUUGCUGCUGAUCGAUCCUUCGCUGGACCUUCCGACUUCUUUACCACCGGGGAUGGCGCAAAGGUUCACCGUUACUGCCCGGCUUGCAGAAGCGUGCACGACUGUCGGAUAUCGGCGCGAUAUAGGAUACCAGACGUUUCUCUAUUCCAACGUGGCCGAGGUGCGACGCGUGUUUAUGUUCCUUAUCGAACAGCUACCGAAAGAAUCGGGUGAUACGGCACCGGACGAGCUUCCUUUCGAUCGCGUAACGGAGCUGGAGUCUCGCAUACUACACACAAUGCGUCAACAGCUGCAGAGCUCGUGGUCACAGCGUGGUGCGUUAGAUCUACGGCAACGAGGGACCUUGAGAGGGUCGCGACGGCUUCCCUUUGUGACCCAAAGUGAUGUUACAGCCGAGAUCAAAGAGUACUGGAUGCGUCGAAGUGGCCUUUGGGAAGAGGAUGUCGAUGAGGUGGAUCGUCGUCUACCGGCACAGGAUCAGGCCAACACCACUUCCGUAGAUGCAAUCGCAAAGUUACAAGCUUACUACGCUCAAAACAAGGCAAAGUCACCAAUUUUGAACGAUGGCGAGCAGGAACAGGACAUUGGGAGCGAAACGAAUCCAACAACGAAUCAGUUGACACAGAUUGAGGAAGAGAUGCAAGCGCUUCGGUCCUCGUUGGCGAAAAUACAAUCUGAGGGCCAGGCGUUACGGGCCAAGCGUGAAACGAUCGAUCGGGAAACGAGAAGCAUCGAACAAACGGUAGAUCGGUUAAAAGAGGAGAAGAAGAUAAAGGAACGGACACAUAUUCUGCUGGAGAAUCCGGAAGUUAACAUUGCCAAACUGGAAGCGAUCAUUACGGCUGCCGGGGAGAAGAUGAAAAAACUGCAAAGCCAAUGGGAGACGCAUCAGGCACCUUUGCUUGCUAAGCUCGAGGAGCACCGAGGAAGAAGCUCCGAUAGUGAGAGUAAAUUACAAAAAAUGCAACAAGAAAUCGAUUCCGUGCGCCACAAGUCGGAGGAGGUGAUCGUCGAUCUGCAGACGAAGAGUGCGCUGCAUGCGCGGUUGGUGCAGCAGUACGAGCGGAUCGGUAAAACGGUAAGCCGUACCGCGUACACGGGCCGCAUACUGGAGAUCAUUGGCAACAUACGCAAGCAGAAGACUGACAUCGACAAGAUCCUGCACGAUACGCGGCGAUUGCAGAAGGAGAUCAACGCUACGACGGGCCAGCUCGAUCGACAAUUCGCUGUAACGGAUGAUUUGAUCUUCCGGAAUGCACGCCGCGAUGAGUUUACGAAGCGAGCAUAUAUAUUGCUGGUAGCCCUGCACACCGAGUGUGCCGAGCUGGUGGCCAUGGUUCAGGAAACGGGCACCUUCAAGCGGGAGGUGCGUGAGUUGGAGGAUCAAAUCGAGAGUGAAAAGGAUCGCAACGUUGCGGCAAACCUUAGCCAGAUUGAGCGCGAUCUCGAGGAAAUGCAACGAGAAAGCAGACGAUUGGAAGAAGCACUUCGUCAGUUCGAGAUUGCCGGCCGGAAUGGAUGCUAAGCUAGAAAUUACGAAACAGAAUAAAUGUGAUAUAUCCCCCCACGUAGCCGACAAGCAGCGUACUGAAGAUCACUGG